AUGGCUAUUCAAGGUGCUCCUGCACCACCACCUCCUCUAGAGGGCCAGAUUGCCAGUAUAUCAGGCUUGUCAAGUACCGGUCUCGCCAUACCCCAAGAUGCAGGAGCAGCCUCAUCCUCCAUUAUGAGCAGUAUUUUCGGUGAUAAAGCUCUUCGAAAGUGCAGCCCCUACUUUCAGGCUGGUUUCGGUCUUAUGGGCGUCGGCGUUGGUUUAACUGUACUCCGCCAAGGUCUAGUCUUUGGUACUACUGCACUUCGGCGGCGUCUCCUCGUAUCUUUAGAGGUGAAUAACAAAGAUCGCGCAUAUGAGUGGUUUCUCGCAUGGCUUGCCCACAAUGCACAAUCAGCUUCCCCAUCUUCUUCCCGAAGAGCCGAAUCUUGGUUGCGCAGCCAUCAACUCAGCGUCGAAACCGCAGUCGAACAACGCAGUAAUGGCAGUUCUUCUGUCUUGUUCCGGCUAGUUGCAGGCCCCGGAACUCAUUGGUUCAAGUACGGCGGAGCUUGGAUGCAGAUGAAAAGAGAACGUGAGACGCGCUCAAUGCAACUCAUGUCGGGCACGCCAUGGGAAACUGUGACUGUAACAACACUCUCCAGAGAUCGCCAUCUUUUCUCGAAGCUCCUUGCAGAAGCCCGUGACCUUGCUCUCCGCGGUCAAGAGGGCAAACUCGUGAUCAGAACCGCAUGGGGAAUCGAAUGGAAGCCAUUUGGUCAACCUCGGCGGAAGCGGCCACUACACAGUGUCGUGCUGGAUACGGGUGUAAGUGACAAAGUGGAACAGGAUGUCAAGGCAUUCCUGCAACGACGACAGUGGUAUGCGGAUCGGGGCAUUCCGUACCGAAGGGGAUAUCUCUUGCAUGGCCCUCCUGGCUCAGGGAAGACCUCGUAUAUUCAAGCUUUGGCAGGAUCCUUAUCAUAUGACAUAUGUCUACUCAAUUUGUCGGAACGAGGACUCGGCGACGAUAAACUCAAUCACCUAUUAUCAAAUGCACCAGAGCGUAGUUUUAUACUCAUUGAAGACGUGGAUGCCGCAUUUAAUAAACGCGUGCAAACAAGCGAGGAUGGUUAUCAAUCCUCUGUCACAUUCUCUGGCUUUUUGAACGCUUUGGAUGGUGUUGCCUCGGGAGAGGAGCGCAUUAUUUUCAUGACGACAAAUCAUGUUGAAAAAUUGGAUCCUGCGCUCAUCAGACCGGGGCGUGUUGAUCUAAGCGUGCUCGUUGAUGAUGCGUCGCCCACACAGGCACGCACGCUUUUUACACGUUUCUACGGCGGCAGUGAAUCUGUCCAACAAGAAGUUGUAGAACGUAUGGGGCAACAGAUAGAGGAAUUAACCGCCAAAGAGAUACGUAAGGGGAGGAGAAUCAGCAUGGCUGCCCUCCAGGGCUUGUUCAUCAGGAGUGAUGCUCAGGAUUCGGUCAAGACCCUCCCUGAGCUAUUCGUAGAGAGACGGACAUGA